UUUUUUUUGAAAUGAUAGUUGUUCCUAAUUUUUUUUCUCCUUUUCUUUUUCCCUAUUUCACCCUUUCACUUCUUUUUUAAUUUAGAUGUCAAAGAAGGACAAAAUUCUGAUAAUGCUGUGGUAGAUUAUUAUUCACCUAAAGAACUUUACAAACAAAUGGAUUUUACUUUACCAGACAAUGGGGCAGGUAUUGAAGAUACUUUUGAACUUAUCAAGGAUACUCUCAAAUUCAGUGUGAACACAUGGAAUCCUCGCUUUAUGGAUAAACUUUACGCAGGAACCAAUCCUAUUGGUGUUAUCUCAGAGAUAAUACUUGCAGUUUUGAAUAGCAAUUCUCAUGUCUAUCAUUGCUCUCCUGUACUCAGUCUCAUGGAAGUAGAAGUGACUCGUGCAACUGCUCGUUUAUUGAAUAUGGGAAAAGAUGCUGGUGGUUUACUAUGUCCUGGUGGUUCAGCAUCUAAUCUAUUGGCAAUGGUGACAGCUCGAAAUAGACUUUAUCCAAGUAUCAAAACCAAAGGUUAUUUACCUAGACCCUAUGUUCCAAAUGCAGAAUAUGGUGUACUCAAAGUAUUUACAUCUACUGACAGUCAUUACAGUAUUGAAAAGGCAGCUCAAGUUUUGGGAUUGGGUAUGGAAAGUGUGAUCAAGGUACCAACAGAUGAAUAUGGACGAAUGCGGAUGGAUGAAUUAGAACGAUUGUUACAAGAAUCUCUGAAUCGUAAUGAAACUCCUUUCUUUAUCAAUGCAACAUCUGGUACAACAGUGAUGGGAGCCUUUGAUCCUUUAGAUAAGAUAGCGAUCUUGGCAAAAAAAUACAAUUGUUGGUGUCAUGCUGAUGGUUCUUUCGGUGGUUCUGCUGUUUUUUCUGAUCAAGUGAUCAAGACAAAGGAUUGGUUUCAUGGUUCUGAAUUGGUGGAUUCCUUCACAAUGAACCCACACAAGUUAUUAGGGGUUCCUUUACAAUGUUCCAUGUUAUUAACACCUCACAAUGGUCAUUUAUUAUUUGCUCAAGCGAAUUCACUCAAAGCUGAUUAUUUAUUCCAUGGUAAUUCUUAUGAUCUCGGUGCAGGUACUAUUGGAUGUGGAAGAAGACCAGAUGCUCUCAAAGUGUUUUUGGCUUGGAAAUUUUAUGGAAAGAAUGGAUUAGGAAAACGUGUUGAUAGAGCUUUAUCAUCGGCUUCUGAAUUUAUGGAUAUGGUUAGACAACGACCUGGGUUCGUUUUGGUUAAGGAUCCUUGUCCCUUUGUACAAGUUUGUUUUUGGUAUAUUCCUUCCUCGAUCAAGAACAAAUUGGAUGAAUGGAAAUUGAAUGGUCUCUAUCAAGAAAAGGUGGCGGUGGUAACUAAAUUAAUUCAACAACGUAUCAAUCAUUCUGGUAGUUUUCUAGUUGAUCAUGCUCCUUUGAAUGAUUUACCAGAUUUCUUCCGUAUUGUCAUUAAUGCUCCUACUGUCAGUGUACAACGUGAUUUAUCAGUAUUAUUAGAUAGAAUAGAAUUAGAGGCAAAUAGUAUAGAAUGGAAUAAUAUAGUAUAAAAAUAUUCUUUCAAUAAGAAAAAACACUUUAUCUAUUUCAUCUGUAUAGAAAUGUGAUUGUUCUUUUUGUGAUUGG